AUGAGUAAUAUUAAAAACUUUCAUCAUCCAUUUAAGCCAUAUAAGAUUCAAAAUGAGUUUAUGGAGGCUCUUUAUUUAGCAAUUGAGGCAGGGGGUGUUAGCAUUUUUGAUUCUCCAACAGGAACAGGGAAAUCUCUAAGUAUUAUAUGUGGAGCACUUACAUGGCUUCGUGAACAUGAUUAUAUUUGUUUAGAAGAAGCGCAAAAAAACGUACAAAGCGAUGAACCUGAAUGGAUUAUUAAAUAUGAAAUAGAGGAAAAAAAAAAAUCUCUUCAGAUGAGGAGGAAAGAAAUAGAAGAAAAGUUUGAGAAAAUAAGAAAAGAAGAAGAAAUAAACAGGAAUAAAGAAAUUAGUAGAAAUUUUUUUUUCAAAAAAAGACGAUUAAAUGAUUUAAAUCAAAACUCUGAUGAUGAAAGUUUUUUAGUAGACGAAUAUAACAGCGACGAUGAUUCUCAUAAAUCAUAUUUAGAUUCUAUAGACACUAAUUUCUCUCCUCAAGUAUUACAAUUAUUGCAAAAACUUAAAUACCCAAUAGAGGAAAAAAAAGAUCUUACAGACGAUGAUAGAUACCCAGAAGAACUUAAAAUCAUAUAUGCAUCACGAACACACUCUCAACUAACACAAUUCAUUAACGAGUUACGGCGGGUGUCAUUUCCAUCUACAUUUCAAGACAAUACUGUCCAACCAGUAAGGCAUAUUGCAUUAGCAUCUCGUAAAAAUCUAUGUAUUAAUCCCAACGUUUCAAAAUUAUCCAAUAUUAAUCUAAUUAAUGAGAAAUGUAUUGAACUUCAGAAACAUAAUACGAUUCCAGAAGGAAGAUGUAGAUAUCUUCCCAAAGAUGAUAAAACAAAAAUACAUAAUUUCAGAGAUCAUGCACUAGCCAACAUCCGAGAUAUUGAAGAUCUUGUUAUUUUAGGUCAAAAAUUAGACAUAUGCCCAUAUUAUUCUUCAAGAACAGCUCUUAAAUUAGCAGAGAUAAUUACUUUACCAUACCCACUUCUUUUACAAGCCUCUGCACGCGAAACAUUGAAUUUGUCUCUUAAAAAUAAUAUAGUUAUUAUAGAUGAAGCACAUAAUUUAAUAGAUACCAUAACAUCAAUUUACUCAAGUACGAUAACAUUUAGCCAAGUUUCGUUAGCUAUGAAUCAAAUUAAUAUUUAUCUUUCAAAGUUUAACAAAAAGCUUAAAGGAAAAAACCUAGUUUAUAUAAAACAAAUCAUCAAACUUUUAAAAAAUAUAAGUAAUUUCAUGGAAUGUAAAAAUAAUAUUAUAGGAGAUAUUCAAGUUGAACAAUCUGAAAUAUUAUUUUAUGGAGGUGGAGAUCAAGUAAAUAUAUACAAAUUAGAAAAAUAUAUGAAAAAUAGCGGAUUAGCUAGAAAAGUAGAUGAAUAUUUUGAAAAAAAAUCAAAAAAUUUGGAUCAAACAAAAACAAAUACUGAAAAAAAUAUUAUAUUAGGAUUACCCAUCCUUUCCCAUAUUCAAACAUUUCUUUUAAAUCUAACAAAUCCUUUUACUGAAGGAAAAAUAUUCUUUGGACAUAUAGAGAAAGCUCAAAUCAACGGUAAAACAAAUACAGACUGUUAUUUAAAAUAUUUACUUCUUAAUCCAUGCUAUCAAUUUAAAGAAAUAGUUAAUGAAGCAAGAGCAGUAAUUCUUGCAGGAGGAACAAUGGAGCCUAUGGAUGAUUUUAUUUAUCAACUUUUCCCCUACUUACAAAAAGAAAAAAUUCAUAGGUUUUCUUGUGGACACAUUAUAUCACCAGAUCAUUUAUGCGCUAUAAUAGUAUCUACUGGGCCUACUAGAAAGGAAUUCAUAUUCAAUUAUGAAAAAAGAAACAAUGAUGAUAUAUUAAAUGAACUUGGCAGUGCUUUGAUAAAUCUAUGUAGAGUCAUACCAGAUGGUGUAAUUUGUUUUUUUCCAAGUUAUGAUUAUUUGGAAGAAAUAGUUAAAAAAUGGCAUAUAAAACAAGGAACAAAACUAUCUAUAUGGGAAAGAUUAGAACAAAAAAAAAAAAUAUUCAAAGAAGAAAGAUUUUCAACAGAUAUCGAAAAUAUGUUACAAAAUUAUUCAAACACAAUUAAUUCGUCAAAUACUUCUCACUACAAUGGCGCGCUUCUUCUGUCAGUUAUUGGCGGAAAACUUUCAGAAGGAAUUAAUUUUUCAGAUAAACUUGGUCGAGGUGUAAUUAUAGUAGGGCUUCCUUUUCCAAACAUUCAAAGUGCUGAAUGGAAAGCAAAACUUGAAUUUGUUGAAAAUAAUUUUCGUCAAAAUUUUUUAAAUAAUCCAAGCAUUCAAAAAGGUUCUAUUGAAAAUCUUAUUAAAUCUAUUAGAAAAGAGUAUUAUGAGAACACUUGUAUGCGCUCAGUAAAUCAAUCAAUAGGCAGAGCAAUAAGACAUAGAAAUGAUUACGCCGCUAUAAUUUUUCUAGAUAAACGUUAUGAAUCUGAACAUAUACGUGAUAAAAUCUCUAAGUGGAUAAAAAAUAGCAUAAUUUCUCCAGAUAAAGAAACAAAAGAUAAUUUUGGGCUAUUAUUAAAACAUCUUAUAAACUUUUUUGAAAAUAAAAAAUAA